GCGAGGGGGACUGCAAGUUAUGAAGGUCGGCCGGUGCUCGGGAAGGCGCACCAGCCCCGGAUGAAGUUAGCCGGGAGCUCGAGCUAUGCUGGCCGGAGAUGACGGAGCUCAACCUGCCGUAUGCCGCGUGCGAGGUCCUGGUCGCGCUCUGCGCGGCCCUCGGCAAUGGCCUCGUCAUCCUCGUGUUCGCCAAGGAGCGCAAGCUCAGGCGGCGCACCAACUACUACAUCAUCUCCCUUGCGACGGCGGAUCUCCUUGUCGGCCUCUUCGCCAUACCCUUUGCCAUCCUCGCGAGUAUCGGACAGCCGACGAACUUGUACGCCUGCCUCUUCACCGUCUCCGUCCUCGUCGUCCUCUGCACCAUUAGUAUAUUCUGCCUGGUGGCCGUCUCCGUCGACCGCUACUGGGCGAUACUCCAUCCGAUGGGCUAUUCGAGGACGGUACGCACUAAGACGGCCAUAGGCAUCAUAUGCGUCUGCUGGGUGGCGGGGACAUUGGUCGGCUUUUUGCCGCUACUCGGAUGGAACGCGGGUCACAAGUCGGACGAGAAAUGCAUCUUCACCGAGGUCAUGGACUACGAUUACCUCGUCUUCCUCUACUUCGCUACAAUUAUCUUCCCGGCCCUCCUCAUCGCUGCUUUCUACGCCCAUAUCUAUCGGGUUGUAAUCAAACAGCUGCAGCAGAUUGUCACAAUGAAUCCGGGCAAGCGCAAGGAGAACCAAACACAUGGCACGAUGUUACGACUCCUAGGGGCGGCGCAGAAACGCGAGGUCAAGGCCACGCAGAAUCUAUCCCGCAUCGUAGCCUUUUUCAUCGUUUGCUGGUUCCCAUUGUACACCAUCAACUGCGUUAUGGCUUUUUGUCCACGAUGCGAGGUCAACCAGUUCCUUAUCAACUUCUGCAUCAUCUUAUCUCACCUUAAUUCAGCUGGCAACCCGCUUCUUUACGCUUACCACCUAAAAGAUUUUAGAGCUGCUCUCAAGAGCUUCAUUCAUAGGAUGCUGUUUCCGGGGAGACCGGAGGGCAAGGAUGCGCUCGGAGGACUCAUUGGGUCGAUUAACAUUAUCCAGGAGCCUCGAGGAGGCUCAAUUACCGGAACACAUAGAGGAUUUGUGAGUCGUGGCCACAUAAUUGGAUCGCACCAGCAAUUAUUGCAAACGGGUAGCAAUAACAUUAAUAAACAAACCAGCUUAAUUAGGCAAAUUCAGCAAACAAAAAUUAAGGAAAUACAAGCGAAUGUCGACGCUGAAUCAACGCAAAAUCCAAACAACAAAGGAAAGGGAGCCACGGCACGUAUGAUUUUCAUCAACAAUAAUAACAACGACAAGGCUCUGUCCCUGCCAAUGUCGGCCGUCUCGAUUCUCGGUCUCAACGCUCAACACGAUGUGAGAAGAAGUAGCAACGACUCUCUCAACGGAAACUCAAUCACUGCGCCGAACGCGAUUCCCGGUAGAUCCCCGACGACGACGAUGAUGACGACGACGACGCAGACGACGCAGACGACAACGACGACAACGUCGAACGUCACAUCGACAGUUCAGUUGAGGCUCUAUGAUUUUGAGGCAACUUUACAAUUCGUCGAUUGCGACGAAGACGACGGGGACGACGAUGGUCACGAUAACAACAAUAACGACAAUGGCGACAACGACGACGACCACGACGACGAUGACAACGAAAAUGCAACAAAGUCGGCGUUGCAACUGGAAUCGAUGCUCGUUAUAGUGGCUGAUGUCAAUCGCACUCUGUCGUCCGAUGAGAAACUGACAUUAGAUUUGGACGAUGGCCAGGCGGAUUAUAGACCGACAACUGACUGAAAGUGACAACUGCGGCUUGAGCAAAUAUUAUUUGUUUAUUGUAACGUUCGACGAGCGAUCACUUGCACGCAAGAUGAUGCGCCAUGGCGCCCUGUUUGUU